CUCCCAGCAAUCGAUGAAAUAAUUGGUACAAAGGUUUCAGGAGGGCGUCACAUGUUAAGGUUCUUACAACGAGGAGGAUAUGAAAGAGGGAGAUGGAAACACAUAUCAAAGCUGGCUGUGGAACUGGUGUUUACUGUUCCCGAUCUGGCACGUCCACUUCAUGAUGCGCUGAAUCUCCGACUCACGUUCAUCAUAUUGUUUUAGCUUUAGUCGGUAGGGGCGAGGGAUCAAUAUUUGUGCAUUUCAUUUGCCCGUAAUUGGCACAAAUUCCCGCAGCACAGAUAGAUCCUUGAAUCGAACUGCCUUUAAUCUAAUCCAAGAAGUGCUGGUGUCCGUGCCCCCGUGUACAAGCCAUCCACCUCCUUACGAAGAGAGCACGCGGCCUAUCAGAUAGAAAGCUGGGGUCGAUCGCUCCCAAAUUCACCCCUUUCUACCUACGUUCAUCAAUUUGAUUCCAGUCUUGUUUAAUGGAGUAGACUUCUAAUUAAAUGCUUGCCGCAACAAGCGCUACUGGAAUACCUGAUCUCGAUCGCCAGGCAGUUUGGUUUGUUAGAGAUAGCUCAUUAGCUGCUGAAGCGUCCUCAGCCGCACGAAGCAUCGACAGCAAGCUUGGAUGGUGGUUAGCGGGAACUGUUUGUGUUCCGAAGAUAAUUAUGCACAAUUGCAUGUAACAUUGAAUCCCUAACGUUGCUGUCGACUGGAUAAGGGAGGGUCUAUCCUCUGCCCCACAAGUGCCAUCCCUUGGUCGGAAAAUGGAAGCACGCCAUUGGUGGAUGGACAAUGUGGACUACAGUAUCUAAUAUAUGAGGCGGCUAGUGUAAGAGAAAGUGUUACGCCGAGGGCUGAAGCAACGAGUAAGGACCGGGCACUACCACGACCAAAGAUUGAGCCAUCUCUCUCCCACUCCUCGAGGUAAGAAUGAUGUGAGGUAGACCGGGAGUUCGGGAGACCAAACAACAAUGGUUCAACUGUUCUAUUACGAGACCCGUGGGAAAUGCUGCCGAAAGGUGUUCAACUACGAGGGCUACCCCACCAAGGUCUUGCUGUUUCCUUACGAAGGAUGGGCACAACCGGCUCUCAUCUCUUACUGGACACUUAAAACGUACUGGUGGAGCCGGUCCAAGUGUAAAAUUGUGGAAGUCAUAGGUUCCAAAAAGUCCACGACGAAAGGCAAGAUGGUGGACAAAGGCAACGGGACCAUGAUGAUACAAGGCAAGUUUAAAGAACAGCCCCAGCCUGACUUCCGCAUGCAUCUAACGACGAAUGUGAGCCAGGCGGACUUUCAGUUGGGCUACUGUGUGACCGGGACGCUAGAACGCGGGGACAAGAAGGCGGGGGGUCUUCAGCUCACGCACUUUGCCAUGGUCAAGAGAAGAGGCUAUUGAUUUGCCAUGCUCCACUGAAGAUGUGUUGAACAAUUCCGCCUCUCGUAUCGGCAUUAUUGAUAUGUAAGCUUUCAACCAGGACAGUACCGGCAUUACUGCUUCCCGUACCAUGCAGGAUACUACCCCAGCCUGUAUCCACUGUACGCAGGAUCCGAACCAGGAUCAAACAGGACACCUAACUGAAGUUUCAAAAAACAUAAAUCGCUCAAUAUCAACAGUUACAGAGCAAAGUGUUAUAACUGUUGAUGUGGGCGGUUAUGGUCAUUUUUAAAAGAUGGGGAUCCUUGUGUUCCAGGAAGCGUGCCUGCCCCCUGAAGCAUGUCCGCAUACUGCAUGGUGUCGCGCUUGUACUCAGUGCCAGAACUGUUGUGCACAAGCAGUGCUUCAACCGGCCAAACGGGGCCCAGGUCCCUGCUGCUCCGUCUAACUGUGCGCGUAUCAUCCCAUUGCUCAUCUACCAGACAGAGACUUGUUAUUUUUGUCGACAUUUUGUGUUGACCAUCACUGACAUCCGAGACAUUGUUAUGGCGCCCAACAAGGGCUCCAGUCGUUGUGCUUCAUCAAUCUUCCAUCUGCUAAGGACAUUUCACAUAUACUUUCGUCGUGGACAGAAAAUAGAUAUUUUCUAUCAUAGUAAGUUUGUGUAUGUUUGUUCAUCUCCUCGUUCACUCAGUGUUUAUUAAGAGUGGGCCAGGCGGUACAUAUAUCAAAUCAAAAUGACCAAACUGAAACUUGAUCUAGCUUCGGUCCGUGCGCCUCCUGAGCCUACUAAUCAAUGACGAUCUGGGAAUCUUAUCGACGUGAUAGCCAAGACAGUAUCGAUCCCCUCUAAUUGCAAAUCACGUUAGUUUUUCCGUCUCGUCAUAGUACGAUUCACAAUCUGGAAAUCCUGCAUUCAUUUGACUGCUCCCACUAACAAUUACCGUGUGUUAUCUUCAUUUAGGACACGAACUAAGACGUCGUCCUCUUGGAGACAUAGAAGCAUUCCAACUAUAUUCUUACUAUCUAUUCGUUAAUGGUUUAUUGAUUAUUCUGUGAGUAUUGUAUGUGUGCUCCUUUCCUUCUAUUAGCAUUCCAGCUGUGUUCUUGUUUAUUUUGACUUGUUUGUGAAUGUCGCUUAGAGCCGACAGAUGUAUACUUAGAGCUAUGAAAGGCUGUGAGAUUGAAAACUGUGCCAAACAGUAGUGGAUUAUGGUAUAAACCCAGUUGUUAUCAUA